AUGCUAGAGACAGGGUUGCGCGGCUUGGCUCGCGGAAGAAAUCUGCUCAUUCUCGCGAUUCCCGUCGCGUACAUUGUUAUCCAUAUCUUGGCGUCCAAAUACUAUUCUGGCCUUGUGCACAAGAUGGUCGCGGUGGCAGACCAUUGGGCAUCGUGGGGGGUCCGUGGAAAGCUGCUGCUGUUCAUGUUGGUCGUGAUAGUCAGUUUCCCGCCGGUUGUUGGCUAUUCAGCGCUGUCAUUGCUGACAGGCAUGGUCUACGGGUUUGCUGGCUGGCCGAUCAUUGCCUCUGCAACACUACUUGGCUCGACGCUGUCGUUUCUGCUCUGCCGUCGCUGGCUGCAACCGUACGCCGUUUGGUGCAUGCACCAAAACGUGAAGCUCAAGGUGUUCGUGUCUGUUCUCAACGACGAGAAUGCUCCGUACUGGCACAACUUCGGCCUGAUGUGUCUGGUCCGGCUGUGUCCACUCCCCUACUCACUCUCGAACGGGGCGCUGGCAGCAAUUCCGACCCUGCAGCCCAGCAUUUACGUGGGAGCCACGGCUGCAACGAGUCCCAAACUAUUUGUCCCCAUAUUUAGCGGCUACCAACUACGAAAGAUGAUGCAAGACGGACGGAGCCCGGGAAUGCAGACGGUGGAUUUCCUCGGCAUGGUGAUCGCCCCGUUGUCGUUUGCGGCCGUGGUAUACGUGAUUUAUAAACGUGUUUCACGAAAAUUAGAGUCACAUGAAAUUGAUGAACUUUCCAAUCUGGGCUUGGAGGAUGCUUAG